CCGAGCAAAAAGAUCACCGUCCGAUUGCUCCGAUUUUAUUUACCGAACGGUUGAGAUUUACUUCCCCUACAUCUGGAUGUCAUAAACGAACGAUCGAGAUCGAUCCGAGCGGUCGGACGUGAAUACCGAACGCGCCUUAUCUGUUCCAUUGAUCUGUUCAAUUUUUUUGUUAUUACAAAGUGUCAAAGUUCGGCAAGUUUUAAAAAAUGCAAAAACAAGUAGGAAUUAAAAGUAAAGAACUUCUGUGAAUUAGUGGUAACUGAUAAUGAGUAAUUAAAUAAGAAAAAUGUUGAAAAUAAAGGCUUUAAAUCAAGAAUCUAGUUCAGAUGAAGAUAUUCCUAUUAUCGGUAGAGAAGCACAGGAAGAAGUUGUCUUGGAGUAUUACAAUAAGGCCUUAAGAUCCAUAGCUGAAAAAAAUUAUGCAGUCUCUGAGCAAAUCCUUAAAGAGCUUAUCGAAGAGAAUAUUCCUAAACUCGAAAAUAAUGGUGGUUUACCUAAAUCCAUGUCCACAUUGAAAUAUUCCUGCUAUGUGAAUUUAGGUAAUACCUAUUUAAGUCGGAAUAAUAUAUCUCGAGCUCUGGAAACUUAUACUUUGGCUUCAGAAUUAGAUCAUACUGAUGUUACACUAUGGACAAGGAUCGGAAAAUUAGCUUUGAAGGAUAAUAAAUUCAGAAAAGCUUCAUACGCCUUCUCCAAAGGCUUGGAAUGUAACGAAUCUCACUGGCCUUGUCUUGAUAAUCUUAUAUCAGUCUUAUUUGCAAUUAAAGAUACAAUAUCAUGUUUGGUCUACAUAGGAAAAGCCUUGAUGUUAGAUCCAAAUUACACAAAAGGCUUGGUUUUAAGACAACAGCUAUACAGAGACAAUCCUGCUACAAGAGAAUACUAUCAGCUGUAUAAUCCAGAUUAUAUUUGGGAACCACCUAUUGACGUAGAAAUUGAGAAAGAUGAAGAAGAAGAGAUAUUAAAAGAUGCUCAAAAAUUAUGUGAUAAAGUUAAUGAGAUAGAAAAAUCUUUAUGCUCCAAGCCUUUUAAAACCAUACCUUUACCAAGAUCUUUAGAUGAGUAUACUUGGACAGCAUUAGCACAAACUAUAAUCUACUGUCAUCAAUAUCUUACAGACAAUGAAAUGAGCCAUUUUACUUUUCUGGAUCUCAGUAAAUGUAUGAGCCAGCAUGCUGAUGAGUCAGUCCAUUCAAAUUAUUCAGAUAAAGUUUCUGAUGAGGUUGAAGAUAAAGAAAAGAAAUCUCAAGAGUUAAAGAAUGGAGAAGCUUCUACAGAAAACACUACAGGUCCAGAAAAAAAUGGAUGUGAGCCAGCAACUGUUGAGAGAAGGUUUUCUCAAACAAGUGACAACACUAAUGGCAAUGAUAACCAAGAUAAUCUUACACCAAUACAGACAGAUAAUGAUGAGGAACAGAAUAUGGAAUUGGAUAAUGAUGAGACAGAUGGUGAUAAUGGUGAUACUGCCAAUCAGAGAGGCCGGCCUAAAGGGACUAAACGCAAAAGAGAUGUGUUGUCAGAGUUGCAAAUAUGGGGAUGGCACAGUAAGAGGAAGCCCCCAAAAAAAGCUAAUAAAGAUUUCACUGUAGAAGAUGCUUUAAAUAGGAUUGUACCAAAAUAUUUGUUAAAAAAUAAAGUUACUAGUGAAUCACUGAAUCAGGGUGGGGAAGACUCAAUGAACACAAUGGACAUAUACAAUAUGUACGUUGAAGAUAAGGAACUGAAUUUUUUAUCACCAAUUCAUUCACCAAAGUCUGUGAAUUUUGAAGCCUAUUUUGGAACGGAUCGUGAAAAAGAGGACGUUAUGAAAUUUUGGACUAAAGAGAGGAAGGAUGUGGACGUAAUCGUUUUGUUAAAAGAGCUCACGUUUGAACUGUCCAAACUGUGGCAGUAUCAGUGGCCCAAAAAACUUGUUCCGCUCUACGUACAGAUCUACAACAUGUUCAGAGAACAUUGCGACCAGCCGCAAGUAUUCUGUGGCGGUCACACUUUCGAGGAAAUACGCCAAGACGCGCUGGCAACGCUGCUUUUUGGAGAACUGGUCACUUUCAGCUCUGAAUCUUCCGAAACUAUCCUUCCCAUUCAACUGGGUUAUCUCCAACUGGUCAGCAACUGGGCUGACCAGUGGAGAGAAGAAUUCACUUCGUUCUUCAUCAGAUUUCAUUGGUUACAGUCUCACUAUUUUCGUAAAACUGACCAAAAUGACUUAGCUAUCAGAGCUUUACAAUUGAUCAUGGAAGAAAUUGAGACUAAAGAAUCGGGAUCAUUAGAAAGGUUUUCUUUAAAUCUUCCUAAUUUCUCGAAAUACGGUUUUAUCACUGGUCAGAUCAUAGAAAAAAUCAUAAAACACUUAAACAUGAUGAUCUCACUGAGUAGUGUGGAGAGUUUAUUUAACUCACAGCAAUAUGACGAGGUUAUCGAUAUUUUGAGGUUAACUUUCGGGACCGGAAGUUACUCGAAAGUAGGCAGAAUGGGCCGACCUGCGCAGUUAGGUAUUUUAAUGCAUUCACUGUGGUACACUAACUGGGAACAGUGUUUUAUCUGGACUGAAGAAUGUUUGUACGAAGCACUGCAAAAUUACGGGAAACCCAACGUGGAUCAGGAUAAAUGGCAGAAAAUUAUCGAGAAAUGUCUUGGAUUUUUCCUGGAAAUUAUCAAAAAAGAGACUGUGAGUAUUAUCGAUAAACUGUCUGAAGAAAAACGGUGCAGAUUGGUGGAGAGUUUGACGAGGAUUGUAUGUAUUCAACUGAACACUGAUAUGCUCGUUAUACCUUUUGAUUGUGUGACUCCGUGGAUUUUGCUUCACUAUAUUUUGCUAAGGGAAGAACAUCGUCAGUACGCUAAUAAAAAACACAAUCACUGUAAAAGAAACAAGGUUGAUACAGAAGAAAGUCCAGAGUCUGUGGAACAGGAACUACCAUCUUCCAUAGCGAUUCUGUUUUCAGCUCACGAAUUUUUAGGUCCAAAGGGUUGGUGUUUGACCGAGCGUGGACAACUCCUGCAUUUUAUCCUGGAUACGGUCCUGGAUAGAUUGGACACGCCUAUUUUCGAGCCGGUGAGAGACAAGAUCGAAGUUCACAUUGAACAAGCGCUUUUCUGUCUGUAUUUGUACCCCAGCAAGAAGAACAAGAUAUCUCGGCAUUUAGUGGACCACAACGUCGAUCCUCUCCCCCUAACCUGGGAACGUUCUUUCCAACUCUACCAAUAUUACGCACCUGAAAUCCUGCCGGAAUUCAAUUCUUUCAAAACCGCCUCAAUAUCCGCCGAUCUAGAACAACUGUUCAAAAGGAUUCUGGCACUGAUGCCCUUCGUUUGUGACCUUCACACCCACCUGCCCAAGGUCAUGGACUACGUCCACGGUAAGGCAGAAAAAAUCCCCGAACCUAUGGACUUCCCCAACAAGAUCCGUGCCAUCUAUUACCUGUUAGGGGACUACUACUUCAAAGAAAAGGAAUUCAACCGUUGCAUCAAAUAUUUUCAGUUGGAUUUGUGCAUAAAUCCAUCGAGACUGGACACGUGGGCGUGCCUAGCGCUCAGCUACACGGCGCAGCUGGAGAGUAUACUGAAUUUCUGCGAGAAAUUAAAAAACGAGUCGGAUUUUCUGGAUAAGGCAAAGUCGGCACAGAUCUGUUACAAAAAAGCUCUGGAAUUGGGGCCGGAAGAUUGCGUUUUGUGGAUAGAGUGUGGAUCGUUCGAGUAUAUGGUGCACGCGUUUUGUUCUAGGCUGAUUAAGUACGAGUCGGAGAAUUUCAGCAUGGAAAAAUUUGAACUACUGGAAAGCGAAAAGGAGAGUUAUCUAGACAGCUCUGGAAACAGCCUGGAGCACGCCAUUGGUCUUUUCGAAUCGAACAAGAGCCAAAACGAACCGGACGAACGUUGGUUGCAGUACUACAUUCUUGGCAAAAUAGCCGAAAAAAAACGCAAAGAACCCACAGAGUACUUACAGUACUACUUAACGGCGACAAAUCUACUGAAUGAAAACAAUGCUGUAUACCCGGAAAAAAUAAACUACAACAACCCCCAACAUUUAUCGGUAGAGGCAUUGGAGCUGCAUUACAGAAUCCAUGCUUCUAUAUUGAAGUACUUGGAAAUGCACGAAGGAAAAGAUAUUCCGAACACUUUAGGUGCUUUCUUCAAAAAAUGUGUCAGUACUGCGUCGGGGUACUACGCAGCACCUCCCAUGCAGCCCGAAGUUCAACAGCCAGAAAACCCUACAGAACCUGAACCAAUAACCAACACUGUCAGUUCUACAAGCUUUCAAGACCAAUUUUUGAAUUCAAUAAAAAAUUUCGAAGUUGCAAAAAACGAGAUAGAUGAAUUUUCCGAAUCUGUAGUACAGGAAUGUUUGGAAGAUAUUCUGAGGAAAGUCGACGAAAUUUUAGCGGAUAAAGAGACUAAAAAUGCGGAAACUGAUAAAAAAGAAGAAGAUGAUUGUAUAGCUGUUGAGGAAGUUCAAGAUGUUAUCAUGAUUUCUGAUUCGGAAGAUGAGUGUGUCAACGUCGAACAAGUUGAUAAAAUUGAGGAAAAUAACGAGGAAAAACGAGAUACUGUGUUAAAAGAAGGUUCAGAAGGUCAAAAAGAUGUCCAGUAUCUUUUGGAUAAGAUGAUGGAACAAACUAUGAAGGAUGUGGACAAACUGGAUGAUUCUGAUCCAAAUAAUAGCGGAACAGAACAGAUUGAAGAGGUAGUGGUCAAAGAAAAUGACGCUGUUAUACCAAAAGAUUCAGAAGAAAAAAUGCAAGUGGACGAAAAUCCACAAACAUCAAUUCCACUGACAAAACCCAAAGAAAAAAGUGACAGCGAGACUGACACCGAUAACCGUAGAACAUCGGUGGAAGAAGAUUCUUCCAGUUCUUCCUCUUCGUCAUCCACCACCAGCACAGACUCAGAAUCUGACGAUUCUGACUCAUCAUCGUCAGAAGAAACCAAUGGCAAUAUGUCACACAAUGACAUCUCUCAGCUUGUUGAUAAGUGUAUUAGUGGACUGGAACUAUGCAUCACAAGACUGCCACAGAAUUAUAAAGCUCUGUACAGGCUGGCUCACUUAUAUUUUCACUAUAAAGGACGGAAAGAUUAUACUAAGUGCAAGCAAUUGCUUUUGGGUGAGUACAAAUGCAAGGAUUCCACCAUGGUUUGUGGAUUGUUCUCUGACAGAAAAGCAAAUAAUUUCUUCAACAACAUUUGGAGAAUUCCAUCAACGGAAAUAGAUAGGCCUGGAUCACUGGCAGCUCACAUGAACAGGUGUAUUUCUUUGGUGUUGCAAGUAUUGAGAAACACUAACGAUAAUAGAACUUUAAUGGACAUAUGUAUGCAGUUGAGGAAGACUCCUGAUAGAGACAAGAUAUACAUUAAAGAGAGCGAUAGAGACGUAUUUUCGGAGCAGGCUCUGAAAAUGAGCACUCAGAGCUUGAGGUCACAGAUUAAAAAUGUUGAAAACAUGCAGAAUCAGCAGAUCGUGAAGUUGUUGAUGGAUAUUUUCCGGAUAUAUCAGAAGGUUCAGAAAAACAUGCCAAGUAAAGAAACCCUCUUCUCAAGCAUGCUUGUCGAAGUCUACAAGAAAUUCAUCAAAGAAACUGUUCCAGAUACUGUCAAUAUUCUCGAUCUAGCUAUAAAGUUCUGCCAACAGCACAGACCCGGCGAAAAACACAAAGCCCACCAUACACUUCCCAGCAACACUAACAGUGUUGCAUUUUCUCGAAGUCCCGGCGUGGCAAGUCCACCUGUACAUCCAAAUCCUUUGGCUAUGACAAGUAACAUACAAAAAAUGAUGAAACCUCCUUCACUGGGAAGACCCAGGGGCAGGCCUCCUUUGCCCAAAGUCCAUGGUAGCAAAAUACGAUCUCCUAGACCUAAAAGUCCCGCAUCUUCGUAUGCUUGGCCUUCAAUGUACGAAAGCAACAUGGCUUACCUCAAACACUACCAAGAUCAGCUGAUAAAACAGUACAGUCAAGGGUCGAGUAUAGCCCAGCUCACUCAGCUCUUACAGGCUAUGUCUAAAGGACAACUAACAAAUCCUGCAGUAGCUCAGGCUGUUACCAAUCAGUUUCUGUCAGCUAGUAACAUUUUGGGCCCUGCCAGUACCAGCGUACAACAGAGUAGUUCGGGAUUUAAAGGGUUUAAUCAAGUUCCAAGUACGACAGGUUUGAAUGCUGAUCAAAUAAAGUUUUUGGAAACAAUGCUGCCUAAACAUGGUGGUAGUUCGAAUUUGUUCAAACCAACAACAUCAGGGUCUUUGGUUAGCAAACCUAAGCACAGUAGCGGGACAAAAACGACAUCUGCCUCGCAGUAUCCUCAAAAAUUCAAGCCAAAACCUGUUUUCAAAGAACCGUCACCCACAAAACCUUGUCAGACUUCUGAAGAAAAGAGCGCAAAUAUUUACAUGAAAGAACAUCCAAAUAUUUCGAUAACUCCAGUCACUACUACUUCAAACACUAUUUUGACGACCUCUUCAUACAUUUCACCAAAUACCAGCUCAAAAGGACCUUAUUCCAAACCUCAAAUACCUCCGAGCACUUCAAUGUACGACCUACCGAAAACCAGCUAUAUAUCUCCUGCUUUGCCUUUUGGAGCAGGUUCUCCUUCUUCAGCCAAGCAGGCGCCCGCAGCCCAUUCUUCAGGCACCGGCGCGAAUUUGGGGCACAAUAUGCCUUUGACUCCCCCUGCAACGUCUAGUCCUUCGUUUAUUAAGCAUAAUACGAGUCCUGGGAAGACGCUGCAGGAGAAGUUGGCUGAAAAGAAGAAGGAACAGUUGAUGAAGAACGUGGAAGUUAAAGAAAGAGAAGAAUCAUCGAUGAAUCUUCUUAAAAAUUUGAAUAUUCCCUCCGCAUUGUCGGUAUCUCCGGCUAUGACUUUGCCUGCUGCAGUAUCUAAACAUGCGCCUUUUUCGCAUUAUCCUGUACCUCCUAAGAGUACAGUACCUAACUUUUCUAUGGAGCACAAAAUACCUACGUCUUUGACAGUUACUUCGGCACCUUCGCAGAUUCCAGCUCCUAAGUAUUAUCCUGAAAGUGGCAUAUCAAUAACUCAGGUGCCACCAUUAAAGCUCAAAACAAAAUCUAAACACCCUGAAAACCCGUUAUUUUUAAAAGGUUGCUCAAAUAGCCCAUCCAAACCUAAAAUUAAAGAACACAGUCCAUCAACUACAUCAACCGACACUUCCAAAGGAAGGUUAAGAGUUAAAAAGGAUUUAUUUGUCCAAGAAACGAAUCCCAAACAACCCACUUCAGUCAUAACAAAUCAGCAUAGUCAAGAAAGGACUAUGUCACCUUCAAGGCAUAAAAAGACUGAACAAGAAGCAUUAUCUGCCAUUAAAAAACUUUCAUCUAUUAAUAUAAUUCCUGUGAACCAUCCCACAUCAAAAAAAUCAGCAAGCGAAAACAAUGAUGUUAUAUGUAUAGUGUCUGAUGACGAGUGAAAAUUAUAUUAGAAAUAUAGUUUAUUAUAUUUA